GGCAGCUCGGCUGACUGUCUGCAGAAAGCUGUCACCACUCGGAGCGCCACGGCUGAUCCGUCCGCAGGAGCCGCGCUGAGCACCGCGCACUGAGCACGGCGCCCGGCCACACAUGUCCCGGGACACUUUCUGAAGCCUGCGGAGACACUUCUUGGCAUGGAGACACCACUGUUCUGACUGUUCUGAUAUUCGGAUUUUUUUUCGCAUCUUCUUCACCCUAAAUAAUGGAGAGCUGACGGCUUGAGAGGAACCUGACUAACAGCACUGUCACAGGAUAAAGAGGAUAUAGCUCUCUCCACAGAGGCAGGGCGCCUUUGUCUCUUUCUCAUUUUCACCUUAGCUACAGCAGAUCAGCUGACAGGAGAAGUGUCAUGGCUGCGCACGGACAGACUCAGUACAGCCCUGCCCUGCAGCCCGCAGGACCAUACACACCUUACACUCACCACACACAGGGCUACAGCAUGCCAUCAUACAACAUUAAAACAGAGGAAGGUCUGGGUCACUCUCUGGGAUACUCGAACUUCAGCAGCACUCCUCCCAGCCAGGCUCUCUACAGCUACUCCACACACGGUGGAGGAAUUUCAUCUGGAAUUUUUCAAGGCAGCAACGCAAUCACCAGUUCGACCCCAUUCAACCCAACUCAACAAGACUUUUCAGCGUAUUCCAGCUACAGCCCGACUCAGUAUUCACCGUAUUACAACUCCCAUCACUACAACAGCCCCUACCUUACCAGUAGCAACAUCAGCCCUGCCGCCAUCACCGCUCCCUUAGCCUAUCAGCACCCAGAAUACCCGGCCAUGCUGCCCAAUCACAGCCCAGAGUCACACACAGGAGAAUACCAUCCACCCCCUAGCCCCCCCACACCAGGUAAAGAGGAGGGAGUCCCAGCCCGAAGGGGGUCAGAUGGGAAGCUGAGGGGGAGGAAAAGAGUCAGCGACCCUGCCCCACCUCUGGAUUCUGAUAUAGAGCGAGUGUUUAUCUGGGACCUGGAUGAAACCAUCAUCAUUUUCCAUUCUCUCCUCACGGGAACUUUCUCCACACGAUUUGGCAAGGACUCUUCAAAGGCGGUGUCUCUGGGUCUGUGGAUGGAGGAGAUGAUCUUCAAUCUGGCCGACUCCAGACUCUUCUUCAAUGACCUGGAGGAAUGUGACCAGGUUCAUAUUGAUGACGUGGCAUCAGACGACAACGGGCAGGACCUGAGCACCUACAACUUCGGGACGGACGGGUUCCAGAGCCCAGCGGGUGCCGGCUCCCUGUGCCUGGGGUCAGGGGUCCACGGGGGAGUGGACUGGAUGAGGAAACUGGCUUUCCGAUAUCGCAGAGUAAAGGAGAUCUACAACACAUACAAGAAUAACGUUGGGGGUUUGCUGGGCAGCCCUAAGCGGGAGGAGUGGUUACAGCUGAGGAGAGAAAUGGAGGUGCUGACAGACCUGUGGCUGACUCAAGCGCUCAAGGCCCUGGCUCUGAUCAACUCAAGGCCGAACUGUGUGAAUGUGCUGGUGACCACCACUCAGCUCAUCCCAGCCCUCUCCAAGGUGUUGUUAUACGGCCUGGGCUCAGCCUUCCCUAUAGAGAACAUCUACAGCGCAACCAAGACAGGCAAAGAGAGCUGUUUCGAGCGCAUUUCCCAGAGGUUUGGCCGGAGAGCAGUGUAUGUGGUGAUAGGAGACGGAGUGGAGGAAGAGACUGUGGCCAAGAAGAAGAACAUGCCGUUCUGGAGGGUGUCGUGUCGGGCCGAUCUGGAGGCUCUGAGCCAUGCACUGGAGCUGGACUACCUCUAGAGGGUGCCAGCUGUCACACUCUGCUCCUCCAUUGUGAGAGGCAGAACUCCUCAGUGGAGCUACUGGGUGAGGCCCCCCCUCAGAGACUGAUCCAGAGUCAGCACUGCUAUUUCCCAGUAUUUUUUUUUUUUUUUUUUUUCUUUCCAGUUUUUGGGGCAGGGCAUCUGAUCACUAAUCAGCACUCAGGGGGACAGCUUCACACCAAGGCCAAAGGAACUGUGAGGAUCUUGAAGCAAGGCUAUAAUAUACCCGCGAUACAUAACAUACAGCCAAACGUAAUGGACCAAAACAAAGGACCAAAGUAAAAUAAGGGACCAAAGAUUCUUAACUGACCCCAGGGAACUGAUUUUUUACUGGACAUAUUUUUUCUUUUUCUUUUUUUUUUUCUUUUUCUUUUUCAGUUCAGUCCACAAAGACUCUAUGUGAGGUGUCCCACUUUUGUACACAAAAGAGUGUUGCACUGAUACCAAAGUCCUGGGAAUGAACACACUCAAACACAGAUGAAAAGCUCAGAGAAGCUCAGACUGCCUGCUGUGUCCUCUGUCGCUAAAUAAUUACUUUUUCCACUGAACCAUACCAUUUUAGAGCGUAAUUACAUACAAAACAAGGUCUAAUCUAAAGUUGUCAAGCUAUUUGAUAUCUAGGCUAGAUUAAUAUGGAAUAACAUUUCCCUCACAGUUAUGGGCUAUUGAAAAUAGUCUGAUUGUGUUUUACCUACAAAAUGUUAGCUAUUUAUUGAUUGGUUUAAAUUUUCAAAUGAUUGAGGCAUACACAUUUUGAGAGCUUAGCAUAAUAAAAUAGCCUACAAAGACCAAAUAUUGUUCUUGUAAAAAUGUUUUGAUAACACGUUGUCUUGGAAAUGCUGUAUUAUAAGCUAGUGCUUGAAUCCUUCCUUUUGACUCUGGGUUGUAUAUGUCAUGUUUUUAAUUCUCCUGUCUUUUUAUUUUUUUCUGUCCAUGAUUGUCUGAAUAACCUCUUUGUAAUAUAGAUGAAUGGAAAGGUUGCGCAUGUGCCUAUUACACUGCCUGUCAGCUUAGCUACAAUGUGUAUAUAAUGCUUUAUUGUUUGUUUUGACAGACAGUUAAAAUAGAUGAAU